AGCCGCGCGCUGUGCACGUGGCAAGUUCCUAAUUCACUUCAGCAACGUCAAGGAAACGGAGACGAAAGUCAGUGUAAAAAAAUACUUCACUCUCCGGCUCCUUGAUCCUCGCUGGACCUCAGCUCAGCCCCCUGAUGGAAAUUGAUUCAUAGCCGCGUAAACUAAUCACAGCCAUUCCUCGGUCCUGUGAGUGUGAAUAGUUGGACAAGAUCACUAGUAUUGAAUAGUCGGACACAGCGCAUGAAAGCCUCCUUACUUGUGUGAAGUAUUGAUGAUUCUUCCCGCACCCAGUCGUCCGCACCGGAGGUGCGACGCUUCGGUGAUUGGAGUCGUCAUGGGCUCCUUGCUCCUGGCCGCCGUCUCGCUGUGGUUUGCCGCUCCACAUGGCGUCCAUAGCAUGAUCACACACCAUGCGGCCGAUGAUCGCGGAGAGGCUUUGUCCGGCACUUGGAGGGAGAGGAUGCUGCAAGGUCGGGAGCGUCUCGGCACAAGUCGUCCAUGGCGGACAGGCACCGCGCCGAUCCCAGCAAACUCUCACUGCUCGCAUGACAUGUUUCCGAACGACACGGCGGCAUACUGGUCCUGCAAAGCACAGUUUUCCAUGCAGCAGAACUGGUUUCCCGACCCGCUGAACGGCUUCUACUCGUACGAGACAUGGAAUGGUUUCGACGGCUUUUGGCAGAAUGGGGCCGUGCUUGAAGCAUUUGCAAACUUCGCCUACUAUGCCAAUCACACGCGCUACCUCUCUGUGGUGAAAAAUUCUUAUCGGGAACUUUGGGACCUGAAGCUUGCUUACGGGCCAAUACCGUCUUAUGAUGACCUCGCGUGGUACGGCUUGAGUUACGCGAGGAUAUACGAGGUUUUCGGCUUUCCCGACUUCCUGCAAGUCUCCCAGCAGCUGUUGGACCUGUGCUAUGUGCGCGGCUGGGACACGAACGAGACCUGCGGCGGUGGCUACUGGUUUGAUAGUUAUAACCAGAAGAAGCAGUGCAUCACCGACCUGCAGCUCAUGCACCUGUCCGGACGGCUGUUUCGUCUGACUGGCUCGACGAACGAGACUCUGAAGAACCUGACGCUGAGGACGUGGCGCUAUCUGGAGAGGCAAAACAUGGUCAACAAUGAAACCUUCCUGGUGUCCGAUGGCAUGAACAUGCAUCCGCAGAACUGCACGCCAAUGAACGAGUAUGGGCCCAGCUACAACAUGGGUGUCAUGAUCGGUGGACUCAUAGAGCUCUCGCACAUGCUGAACGACAGUGACUAUAUUGAGCUAGCACAUAAGAUUGCCAAUGCAACCAUCGUUACCUACACCAAUGAGCAGGGCGUGUUUGUGGAGUACUGCGAGCCGAACAUCACAACAAACGCGACGGCCAACUUCUGCGAUCUGGACCAGCGCAUCUUCAAGGGCCUGUUCAUGCGCUACCUGCGCUACCUCAUGGACGUGUCGGACGAGCCACAUCGACAACGCUAUCACAAUUUCCUAAUGGGCAACAUGGCUGCAGUACUGAACAAUACCCAUUGUGAGCCGUCCGUAGAUCACUGUAGAAUACAGUACUUAGAUGGAACACCGUACCACAACAUAUCGGGUCCACUGUUUGGCCGGUAUUGGAGGGGACCGUUUGACUACGCAGCACCAGAGCAGCAUAUGGCCACGUGGGAGCUGUUCACCGCGGCCAUACUGCCGCACACCCGAUGCCAGGGCAAGGCUUGCGGCUACGAUCCGCCCUAUCCGGUUCAGCCGCCGCAUAAACUGACCUGCAGCAACGAUCCGUGUCCACCGAACGAGCAAUGCUGCGACUACCAGGAUCACUACACGUGCUGUGUGGCCUCCCAGACGUGCGGCACGGAUGGUGUUUGUCACGACAACGGGACCAUGGCAGUUUAGUGCGUGUGGUCCGAUGCACAACAGUACUGCCCAGGUAUGGAGUACUCCACACAUACACUGAUUAUCAUGAUGGAGUACUCCGCAAAUACACUGAUUAUCAUGAUGGAGUACUCCGCACAUACACUGAUUAUCAUGAUGCUCUGCUCAUACUACAUCUAUAGUCAUAAUCAGUGGAGUCUAAGGAUUGCUGCUGAAAUCCGCGGAGAUGCUUGGCUCCUACUUGCACAAUUCAGGCGCGUACGCAGGGGGGUUUCCCGUUGCCCGGAAACCUCCCAAAUGUUCCAAACGAGCAACGAUUUUGGACAUUCAAGUUUGGUCGGGUGCGCGUUCGAUCUGACAAGAAUGCAAAACUUCAACAGAUCGUAACUCAGUCAAAUCUCGCUCAAAUCCAACAAUCCAAAUAUCCAGGUCGAAUAGAAAAAUCUCAGCUGUCGGUAGAAACAAUUCACGAAUGGUUCUUGAGAUAAAUCAUUCGUAAGUUGAGCUGCAAUCUCGGCAAUUUCAAAGCGCGGAGUUCGACUUGAGUACUGUAAAAGCAUUAUAUAUAACAUGACUGUCAAGUUCUUUCACCUCCUACCCCCAUGGUCCGAAUUCAUUCUACGUGUACCUGUUAUGCAGCUAAUGGACACAUGCAUAUACCUUCGCUGAGUUGUACUUGAUUCCAAUGUUGUGCUGCCCACAGCGCUGCUGACACUGAGAGGCAACUAUAAUAAUUAAUAAUACAGUAGACUGUGCCGCUUAUCCGCUGCCCCCCCCCCCCCCCCCCUCGGGGCACGGGGCUGUCUCCGGGGUGUUCGGAUGAGGAGUAUGAUCGGAUAAGGGGGUGGGCACACACCAAUCUAAACCAUACACAGUCCCUCAUAUUUUCAUCAUUUCUCAUUCUCUUCGGCAGUACCACAGGAAUUAGACACACUCCAGUGCCUCAAAAUGACAUGGGGGCAAAAUCUGAUGCCAACCUGUUGCCAUACAUGUACAUCCUGUGCACCAUGUUCAAUGGUGCAUUGGGUGGGGGAAACUUCGAUACAAACUAACUUGCUCAUUUUGUUGUCCCUUGAAUUCAGUGCAAACAGGCAUUUCGGAUGAUUAACUGGCUGUUCGGAUAGUAGUCAUUCGGAUACAAGUAAUCGGCAUUCUACUGUACUGUAGCUGGGAGAGAAGAACUAGCAAACUACACCUACACCCUCCCUACACGUGACAUCACCACACUCCCAUUCUUCUUCCUCUCUUUCCCGGAAGAUUUUGCUCAGGCUCUCCAAAUCUGUUCCCUUAUUGACUUUGCAAUUUGUCAGACAGUGCUAUUUUUUUGCAUCCAUGACAGUACUAUACUAGGGGUGUACUGUGCAUGUGAUACAGUUUUCAUUUGUCCUUUGGAUAUUUCACACGGCACCGCACAGGGGCCAUGUACAUCUGCAAAAUCCUGUUUGCUGAAAUUUGUUCGCAAUCAUACAAUACAUGUACAUACAGUCAACUUCGCUAAUAACGACUGCGGAUAUAACGACAAUUCGCGAACAACGACAGAAUUUCCAUGCCCAGUCUCAGCGCAAAGUCC